GGGGAGGCAGGUCGGUGCUGCCGUGCCAAAGGAGGCUGCAGAGGGGAGAUGGCCCAGGCAGGGGCAGGGGCAGGGCUGCCUGGGUUCCCUUUUCUCCCACCAUCGGAGAGCCCUGUUCCCUACCCCAGUGCAGUGCAGUGUACAUGGGGUUGAAGGAGGCUCCUCAUCUCUCCCUUUGCUCUGGGGGGCAGAUUUCAUUUGGGAGCAUUUGGAGGCUGUAGAUUCCCGUCCAGCCAGGCUGGGGUGAGAGGGGCUGGCAACAGGGGCCACGGGGAGACGGUCCAGCAGUGCCCCCCGGGCUCCAGUGCUGCCUCAGGGCCUGCUCCCCUUGCCUGCUGCUGCCGCCCAGGGUGGCCUUCCUAGCAGCUUGUCUGUAGCCCCCGCUUCUCCCCCUGGCUCCUGAGUUCGAUCCCCACCCCUGGGCUAAUCGCUUCCUGCUGUUUGCAGAAGGGAACCGGGCAGGCUCUGCUCGCAGUUGACAGGCGGUAGGGGGGCCUGGGAGUGCCUUCGCAUACCUCUGCUGCCUCUGGCAUCCUGGAAGGAUGGCGGUGCUGCUCUGGGGUCUGCUGCUGCUCUGCCUGUCUGCUCUGCACCACCGCCCAUGGUGCCCUUUGGCAUAUGCCCUGGAGAUGGAUUUUACCCCUUCACUUCACCAGGACAGCUCUCAGGGGCACGAAGCGACUGGAACCUCAGGGCAGGACCUGCAGCCCACUGUCACCAGCGUUACUUUGCCUGCAGCUGUGUCAACCCUGCCGAACGCUGUAGUGUCAGACUCUACCAGUGACACCUGGGAGGACAUUCAUGGACCCACAUUACCACCCACACCCACACCCACUACUACUACCACUACCACCACAGUGUGUAGAGACAAAUUCAUGAGCCCAGAGGGCGAGCCUGUGACUGGGACAGUGGGAAGUCACGAACAAGUGCUGGAAGGACAAGAAGUGGAUUCCUCUGAAGAGGAGGAAGAAAGAAACUGCAACAUAUCUCAGGAAAGGAUGAGGAAGCUAGCAGAUGGCUUGAUGAAAUUCACCGCUGAUCUCCUGCAAGAGGUCGAGCGGGAGAACAGCCAACCCAACAUGGUCCUCUCUCCCCUCAGCAUCACCCUGGCGCUGUCCCACCUGGCACUAGGAGCAGAAAACCAGACAGAGAAGCAUCUGCUGGAGGCAAUGCACCUGAAGUCAGUGCCCUGCCUCCACCACACACUAAGCAGCAUCCGCAGAGUGCUCACAGAGUCCCUGCUCAGCGUGGCUUCCCAGUUGUAUCUUCAGAAAGGACUUGAGGUUAAAGAGAAAUUUCUGGAGAACUCGGAGAGAUUCUAUGGAGCGAAGCCUGUGACCCUGUCUGGAAACAAGGAGGAUGAUCUCAUAGCCAUAAACAAAUGGGUACAGGAGGUGACAAAGGGGCAUAUCUCCUCCUUCCUGUCUCAGCUCCCCGAUAGCAUGGUGAUGCUCUUGCUCAACGCUGUCUACUUCCGAGGAUUUUGGAGGAACAAGUUUGAUGCCAGCCUGACAGGUCCAGAUAUGUUCCACCUUAAUGAUGAGUUCAUGGUCCCUGUGGAGAUGAUGAAAGCCCCGAAAUACUCCCUGAGUUGGUUUACACUGGACUCUCUGGAAAUGCAGGUGGCCAGGUUUCCCUUUAAGGGCAACAUGAGUUUUGUAGCCAUUGUCCCAAACCAGUUUGGGUGGAAUGUCUCGGAGGUGCUGGAGAACGUCAGCCAUGACAAGCUUCAUGGCCGCUUUCCCAAAGAGAAGCCCACCCUGGUGAAGAUGCCCAAAAUGCACGUAGAUUACAAGCUGGAGCUCAACGAAGUCCUCAGCCGACUAGGCCUCAAGGAGUUAUUUUCAGCCCCUGAUCUACGGAAGAUCACCAAUGAGCCUCUCCUGGUGUCGAGCAUCCAGCACCAGUCUACCUUGGAGCUGGCAGAGGAAGGGGUGGAGGCAUCAGCUGCCACCAGCAUUAUGCUGUCACGGUCACUGUCCACUUUUAGCCUUGACCGACCCUUUCUCUUCAUCAUCUUUGAGGAGACAACGGGCAUCCCCCUCUUUGUGGGCAAAAUCCAGAACCCCAACCCCAGCGCUGCCCAGCAGAGGAAAGAGCCGGAAGACGUGUCUGAUGUGAAAUCUGGCCUCAAAGACUCCCCCCCCAAAUAAGGGACUCCUGGGACUGCUGCCUCUUUGACCCUCUGUACUAGCCAAGGGAGGCCUCUCCUGCUGGGGCUUCCUCUAAGGGGCUUCUCUGCUCCGGUCCUCGGAGGCAGCCCCUCCCUGGUUUCUUAUAGACCCCUCUAGCAGUCCCCUGUGCCAGCCCUGAGAAGCUCAGUCUGCUUAGAUUCACUUUCCAGAGGCCUCAGCGCUGAAGGGAGGCUUCCUCCUGCCUGGACUCUCAUCAGACACUGAGCCUUUGCCUCAGAGGACCACUUACUUCGCAUCCCUGCGAGGAGGCCUCUCUGGGCCACCCUUACAGGGCUGACCCAGGGGACUUGCCUCUCCUUGCCUUACUUCUGCCCGAGUGCCUGCUGCUGCGUAGGCCUGCCCCUCGGCACUGCUCUCGAGCAGCAGCCCUGCUACCCGUGAGGUCUAGAAUCCUUCUGACAACCUGGACAACAGAGAGGUCAAGGCUGCCUCUCCCCGAGCCCCCCACAUCCUCCUCUCGGGGCAGUCAGUAACAUCUGCACUUGCUCAUCAGUCACAAGCGAGACAAACAGCAGCUACGUCAGAUGGGUUAGCAGCAGUCUUCUCCCUGGGAGUGAGUCACAGCCACGUCCCCGCCUGAGGUUUCUUUAAGCAACCCUGCCCUGGCCCUGUCGGAUGGGGCCUUGGUGUGGGAAGGCAAGCAGGCAGGUGACUUUCCUUCUGUCCUCGCCACCAGCCUUCUGUCUGAGAAAAUGCUUGUCUCUGGGGGACUUGGGCCACACUGGAUUUUUGAGGCAUCUUUUGUAAAGUGUUUUUUAGUAAUUUUAUGUUAGCAGACUAAUAAACAUGUGAAGCAGAAGUUGUCUGGCUGAGGUGUCACCCUGAGAGACCCAGCAGGUAGAGGAAAGGGGAAGGGGAGGACAGCAAACAAGCAGAGGACUGAAAACUGAAGGAAGAAGAGGACUGGCUGGGCUUGACUAAGGGGGUAAGGUUAUGAAGAGCGUAUGAGAACCGGCUGGACCCUUUCCCUUACCCAGGACACAACAUCAGAGCAACAGGCCAUGGAAUAAGGUUAAUGGCCAGUAAGUACAGAUGCGUCCUGCUCACCUGUGGGACACAGCUGCAGCACGUAGACAGUCUAGUGCUGUAGGUGGCCAGAGGGAGGGAGAGGCACCCCGAUGCCAAAGGGGCCAGUCAGCAUGAAACGAACACUGCAGAAGUCUGCAGCACACAGCUGACCAGGCGCGGUAGGGUGGGAAUUAGUACUGGCUAGUGGCGGGUUACUGAAUAUAAUGGGGCAAGGGGUAUAAUCUGGUGUGAUACAGCCUAUGUGCGAUUUAUCCACCAUAUAGGGUGCUUCUGGGCAUGCAGAAUGAUGCUACAUGCCCACGCUGCUUUUCAGGAGGAGGGUGUCUCUCCUCAUACUGAAUCACACUGCCUUGUGCCAGUCUGAGCACAGCCUACCCAGAACUUCACUUCUGUCUAAAGUUGGGGCGGCUCAU